UCCACAGGUGGGGGAUAAUGUUCUGGCGACCCCAGAAGUCAUCAUCUCUGUGUGAGGAGCUGGACGAGGCUGUAAAGAACUUCCUGUACCAGGGAGAUAAGUCCAGGCUCAGAGAAGAGACACAGCGUCUCUACAGAUACCAGAAGCUCCUGGAGCAGUGGAUCGAGGCUUUCACACGAGAAGAACAUGAUGUCUCUGUCUGGGUUGGAAAGUGUCUGAAGGACGUGUUAACACAGGUCCAUGAUGGCAUCUCCCACCUCAACUGGGUGAAGAGUCUACAGUCCUAUAAAUCUGGGAGGCAGGUGAGGUUCUUGAGACGACUUCUCCAUGAGAACCUGGGAAAGUCAGGACGAUACUUCCUGUACCGGAGAGACGAGGAGAGACUUGGAGAAAAGACACGGCGUCUCCGCAGAUACCGGACGCUGGAAGAACCCGUGGAGAUGUCCUCUCCCUGUGACCCGCCCACCGCCCUGAGCACGACGGGGAGGUUCUACCAGAGCAGCGGUGGAAAGACGAGUCGUUCUCUGUCCGCGCCGAACACCAGGAAGUAUCUGAGGCGUUUGCACACGAGGACAGCAGGGGGCGCACUGAGGCGAGGCAGGAGCAGACUCACAGACGCUGGACUCAGACUCUGUUCUCAGGUCACACACGACUCUGGUCUCUCUGUGAAACCAGACGACCACAAGAACCUGAGCACCUCCAGAGUCUGACUCCAAACGAAGAGUCAUGAUGAUCAGGUUCACCGAUAAUCGACGUUAUUACAGUCGCAAUAAAACCACAAGACAUUAAAAAUAUAUAUAAUCUGAACCAUUUUAGAAGCAAAAUAUUGAUUCAGUUUGUUCUCCAAAAAAAUACAGUUUGUGUAAAAUGUGUUUUUCUCUGAUUUCACUUUUCACUGUUUGGUCCUGGUGUCAGUGAAAAACACUUAAAUCAUGAUGUUUUUCUCACUAAAAUCAUAAUAACUCACCCUUAUGUCACAGAUAAUACUCCCUACAACUGUACAACAACUCACCCUUAUGUCACAGAUAAUACUCCCUACAACUGUACAACAACUCACACUUAUGUAACAGAUAAUACUCCCUACAACUGUACAACAACUCACCCUUAUGUCACAGAUAAUACUCCCUACAACUGUACAACAACUCACCUUAUGUCACAGAUAAUACUCCCUACAACUGUACAACAACUCACACUUAUGUCACAGAUAAUACUCCCUACAACUGUACAACAACUCGCCCUUAUGUAACAGAUAAUACUCCCUACAACUGUACAAACAACUCACUCUUAUGUAACAGAUAAUA